AUGAGCAGCCACGACAGCAACGGUGGUGUUACGCAGCACAACGAUGACAACAAAUCGAGUGAGUAUGACACGCCAGUCAAAGGAACUCCCACAAGACUCAAAGAUCUCGGCAUAAUCAACGACACGCAGAUGAGAGAGAUAAGGAAAGUCGAUGGAAACAUCAAAACACUGGUUCCCGACUACAGGGGAAACUGUAAGAGAAUCUGGAUCGCGUACAAAAAGCCUCUGAAGCAAGGUAUCAAACCGCAAUGGAAGGCCAAAAUCAACCUGCAGGACGAGGAGGAGGACCGAAUCGAGCCCAAUGGGGAAAAUGACAGACCAGUCAAGGGAAAGGGCGCUUCUUUGAUGGAAGCUGUAAAUGACAUGGAUCGCGAACUGGAGAAAAGAAUGCCGAAGGACAUAGCGAAGGAAUAA